AUGAUUCGUGUUCAGCAAUGGAAACAAAAAUGGGAAAACAAACUCCAAGGUGCAACCGAAUCAUAUCUCGCACGACAUGAAAAAGGAAACAAAUGGGCACUAAUAUUUCUACCUUUCACUGUCAUUUGCCGCGAAGCAUUGGA